AUGGCAACUCCGGUACGGCGGUCGGCCCGUCUCAGAUCUACAACUCCAGCAAGCGAGCCCCAAAAGCAAGCUUCGAAGCCUUCUACCAAACUUAUUUCGGUUGUAGAACGCGAGGAAAGCCUGGACAUGUGUUCCCCUCAAAAUAGCCGGACUCUUCUCGCAACGCCAGCUACGGGAUCUCAUACCAAUCCAUCUAUUAUGAAAACUCCAAAAACGGCAGGAGCAUUAAAACCAAGCCUGGCAGAGAUGCAUCCUAGCAAGGUACACCAAAACACCUCAAAAAAGCCUGACUCAGGAGCUCGUUUGGGUUUUAAACCCAUCCCGAUGGAUUCCCCCUGCCAUCCGCGAAACCCGUCAACCCCAACUCCGACAAAAUCCAGAUUGCCAGCAGCAGAUCAGCUCAAUUCUCCCAACUUUAGCAUGCUGUUCUCCUGUGAGGAUUCGCAGCUUAGCGAAGAAGCCAAGAAGCUCAUGGAGAAUAUUCGCGAAGACGCGUCCAGGAUUAAGGCACAGAUGAUAAUUGAACAAAACUCACAGGAAUGCAAAAAUACUGAGACCGAGCCAACGCUUGAGGUUAGAAAGAUUGCGAAAGCAAGAGGGAAAGCAGGCCGGUUCAGCAAUGCUCACAUGGCAGAAUUCAGAAAGAUGGAUUCGAUUACAGGACACCCUUCAUUAUUCAGGGCGCGCCAGGACAAGAUUCAUCCCUCACCAGUUAAAUCAUCUCUCAAGAGAACCAGCUCCAAAGCUUGCCUUGAUGAGACAUCUUCUCCUGAGAAAUCGGGAACUGUCUUCACGUCUCCUGGAAAGACAAUGUCAAAUAAUCCAGUCAAGCGUUCGAAGUCUUCCGGCUUCGCCAGCACACCGGCUCGGGUACCUUUACCCAAAGCCUCACUCGAACCCAAACCAGGACAACAUGGUCCGCGGUCUUUAAUUACCCCUAAGAAGCCAAUGAUUGCCCGGGCAUCAAGCGCGAAGCAAAUCAACACUACCAAAAUUCCGAGCUUUCCCCGCUCCCCGUCAACCAAGUCAAUUGUUGCCCCACGAACUCCUCAAACAGAGUUCAAUCCCAAAUUGAAAACCGGACUACCAAGUCUUACCAACCUGAAAUCAAUUCUCAGGCAACGUCAACCCCUUUUCUCCACCGACCCUGUUAAGAUUGCUGCAGGUACCCAUGUUGCGCCGCCCACUAAGAUUUUUGACAUACAGGUGGAGGGCUCCACUGCAAAAAAGCAUGUCGAUUUUUCCGCCAGCACGAAACUCCGACAUGCCUUCUCAGAUACUUCUCCAACUCCUUCCAAAAUUUUAGCUAGGGAGCCAGCAGAAUCAGGUGUAAUUUCCUAUCCCACUCUUCCACUAACAACACCCCCGAAAGCCAGUAAAGUUUCAAAUAUUACUUCUGAAAACAAAAGAAGCCCUACAAUCAGAGCAGUGAGGACAUCUGAAGUUCAAUAUCCUUGCCCGUCGCUUCCAAACCACACAAUCAUUCCGCACGGUAUUAUAAACAAAAAACGGCGACGCGAUGAAAACGAUGACGAAGAUCUUGAAAACAAAAUUUUGGAGAACUCAAAGGAAGAUGAGCGGAGUCAAAAGAGGCUGAAGCCUAACCCUACUCUCGUCACAAACGUUCAUACACCAAGCCCGAUCAAGAACAGUCCAAUGCGACGCGUGGCCCAGGGAACUGGAUCCCACAGUCGAUCAACUCAGAAAAAUAGAGGUAUCUUAACCAUGAGCCGCCUAAAUAUGCUUUCGAAACCGAAAGCAAGACGCUAG